AUGGCCGAGUCUGCCGUCAGCAAGCGCCGCAUCCUCACCGAGAGGCGGGUCGUGUUUAUCUGCUUUCUCGUCGCGCUCGGCCAGUUUCAGUACGGCUACGACUCGGCCGCCGUCGCCGGCUUCCAGAGCAUGCCGGGCUUUCUCGCCGUCUACGGCUACGCCGACCCGGCCAACCCCAUCGGUUUCAACAUCCACACAGACGUCCAGCGGCUGAUCCAGUCGCUCAUGAACGUCGGCGGCUUCCUCGCCGCCGUCGCCAUCUACGCGGCCCACACCCGGGUCUCGAGGAGGGCCGGGCUGUGGGCGGGCUGCGCUUUCGCGUUCGUGUCCAUCUCGCUGCAGCUGGGGCUGCGCAGCCUGGCCGGCCUGUAUGCGGGGCGGCUGCUGCUGGGCGUGUCCAACGGGCUGCUGGUGCCCUACUGCGUCACGUACAUGGCCGAGUCGGCGCCGUCGCUGCUCAGGGGCCCCGUCGUGGGUAUGAGCACCUUCCAGACGUCGCUCGGCGCCCUGCUCGGGAUCCUCGUCGACAACUACUGCCAGCCCCACGGCGGCGCCGUCUCGUGGAUGAUCCCGCUCGCCGUCAUGUACGCCGUGCCCGCCUUCCUGACCGUCCUGCUGCUAUUCCUCCCGGACACGCCCCGCUUCUACGUCGCGCAGGGCCGGGACGAGCAGGCGAUGAGGGCCAUCCGCAGGCUGAGGGGCAUCCGGGACGAGUCGCGCCUCCGCGCCGAGGUGGAGGACAUCCGGAGCGCCUACCUGAUGGAGCGGGAGAUCCACGCGGGAGUGCACCUGAGCGACAUGUUCAAGGGCCCGGACCUCCGCCGCACGCUGCUCAGCUACGGGGCCAACGUGGCCGGCAUCGCGACGGGCGUCACCUUCAUGUCCGGCUUCUCGGUCUACCUGUUCGUGCAGGCGCGCGUGGGCUCGCCGUUCGACUGGGUCAUGAUAUCCCUCGCGAUCGCGCUGACCGGAAACAUGCUGGCGUUCCCGGCGAUGCGCUGCUUUGGGCGGCGCGAGCUGCUGGUGGUCGCCUCGCUCGUCUCGUCGGCCGUGAUGUUCGGCAUGGCCGUCGUCUACACCGUCUCGGGCGGGCACUCGCCGGGCGCGAGCAAGGCGCUCGUCGCGCUCAGCAUCGUCUACACGUGGGUGUACGGCAUCGGCCAGGGCCCGGUCCUGUGGGCGCUCGGGACCGAGAUCCCCUCGCAACGGCUGCGCUCGCAGACGGUCGGCACCGCGUCGGGCCUAAACUUUGUCGCCGCCUGGCUGGUGUCCUUCUUCACGCCCUACUUCGUUAACCCCGACCGGCUGGGGUGGGGCCCAAAGUACGGGUACAUCUGGGGUGGAAGCAAUCUCGUCGUCGCCCUGUGGGCGUUCUUCUUCGUUCCCGAGACCAAGGGCAGAAGUCUGGAGCAGCUGGAUGAGCUCUUCGAGAAGGGAGCGGCCGCUAGGAAGUUUUCUUCAUUCACUCUGGAGCGGCAACUGGUCGACGACUAUUCCGGGGAGACGGGUCGGAAGAGGAACGACGGCAUCAAGGACGAGGAAGUUGGCGUCGUUCAGUUGCUGGAAAAUCAAGAGAAGAGGUGA